AUGUCAGGCCCGGCUUUGCGAAAGCCUUUGAUGCGCAUCCCUUACACAGACGUCUUUGCCUCACCGCGAAUAUUUCCCGUGACUGCCAAGACGACCAACGGAGCUGUAGAAGCCCUUUUGGAAUUCAUUGCGGCACCAUCCGCAGAUGGCCCGUCGACGACCACAUGUCUCACGGGUGCUGGUCUGUCCGUAGCUUCGGGUCUUGCAGAUUAUCGCGGCGACAAGGGAACAUAUCGCGUCAACAAGUCCUACAGGCCGAUUUACCAUCACGAAUUCCUGGCCAGCCAUGCCGCUCGCCGGAGAUAUUGGGCGCGAUCAUUUCUGGGCUGGACCUCGCUGCAAAAGGCGAGACCAAACGCUGCGCACAGAGCGAUAGCAGACCUUGCGAAGAUGGGCGUGGUUUCAUCUGUUGUUACGCAGAACGUCGACGGACUCCACCACGCCGCGUCUGAAGGCUUGGCAAGUGCAUCUGGCAGGUCCAACAUCGUGGAGCUCCAUGGCUACCUCCGGGCGUUGGUGUGCACAACCUGCAAGAGCGAGUAUCCUCGGGAUUUGUUCCAAGAGAACCUAGCCCGGCUCAAUCCUGCCUGGGCGGCAUUUCUAGAGGAGGCCGUAGCCUCGGGGGCCCUGGGGACUGAAGAUCCGGCAGAGCGGAGAGCCAAGGGUAUAAGAUCAAACCCGGAUGGAGACGUCGACCUGCCAGAUGCUCCUUAUACCACUUUCCGAUAUCCUGCAUGCCCCAGUUGUCUUGCACAUCCGCCACAAUUAAGUAAUGGCGAGGUAGCAAAGGUCGAGGUGGAUAAGGAUGGGGCUUGGGAGUCGCCCAGCAAUGUCGGCAUACUGAAACCAGCCGUGGUGAUGUUUGGUGAGAGUAUCGCUGGGAGCGUCAAGGCUGCUGCUGAAGAGGCCGUCACAGGGGCAGGCAAGCUGAUGGUACUAGGGACGUCUCUUGCAACAUACUCGGCCUGGCGACUUGCGAAGUUGGCAAAGGACAAGGGUAAACCCAUAGCCAUCGUGAACAUGGGGGGAGUGAGGGGAGAGGAUGCUUUUUUUGUAGAAAUAAACCACCAGCAGACAGGAGCAGAAGGGGUUAGAGUUGAGAUGCCCACAGAGGUCAUCUUGCCUGCACUGGUGGAAGCGCUUGGGCGGACAUCGACUGGGGCGACUUCCAAUGUUCAGCCGGGGUACGAUCACCAGGCGUCUGCGGUGUUCAAAGAUAUGUUGUCAUAG